AUGAAUUCUUAGUUGUAAGGAUCUCCAUAAUUAGAUCGCUCAUAAUUAAAAUAAUCAAUAGAUUAAAAAAAUAAAGACAUUUCUCCAAACACGUCUAGAGAUAUGAUGAAUAAAAGCAGAAAUGAAGAAUAAAAAUCAGCACAUAACACGUCAAAAAAUACACAGAGAUCUAAAAGAAAAAACUAUUUUGUUUCAAUAGAGCAGAAAUCUGUGAUUGAAAAUAUGGUGAGGAAAAUUGAUAAAGUGCAUUAUCUAAGACAGUUUUUUGAGUCUAAACUUUUCAAUAAUUAUGUCAUUUCCUUAACAAUUUUUUACACAAUAUUGAUGUUUUGUGAGUUUUCUAUUGACGAUCCUACUGAAAAUUUCUCAAACGUAUAAGGAAUGCUGCUUAUAUUGCAAUAUAUAGAAAUUGUCAUAAUAUCUCUAAUUAUUUUAGAAAUAUUACUUAAAUGCUAUGCGUAUGGAAUAAAGUUGUAUUUUAAACAAAGGGUCAACAUAAUUGAUGCUGUUGUUAUUUCUCUGAGUCUUAUUCUUGUUUUAACAGACUAAUUUAUUACACAGAGUAGUGCUAAAAUCAUUUCGAAAUUCUUUAGGAUAUUUUUUAGAUUUUUGCGUUUAUUCAUCAUUUUAAGAAAAAUGAAAAAUACAAAUAAAAAAGCACUUGAGUACAAAUUUGGUGACAAAACUCCAAUUGAAAAGAUAUUAGCUAUAAUCGAUAAUUUGAAAUAACUGGUAACAGACGAUCAUUACUAUCGAGAACUUGAGUGGGCUUCUCAAAUGAUAUCUUCAAAUAAGCUAUAUGAACCUAUACUUGGAAAAGAGCAAAAAGAACUUGAAUAGUGGAUGCAGUAAUAUGAUGGUAAGUCAAAAAUAGAAAUUAAGGAAGAAAAAAAGAAAGAAGAAGUAAAGGAGGUUCAAUUAGAAUAACCUAUUAAAAAAGAAGAGAAUAAAUAAGUAUCAACUCCAGCUACUGCUACACCUGUUGUAACUGCUGCUCCUGCACCUGUUGCAGUCACUCAACAUAUUGUUCCAGAAGUUGUAGAAGAAUAAUUUAUAUAUUAAUAAAUAGAAACAAGCCCUUAAGUGGAGAAUUAUUUUGAAAACUUAGAUAGUAGAGAAUUCAUGGUUUUUGAAUUUUUUAAAGAAAAUUUAGGUAAAGAGCUUUCAAUACUUUUGAAUUAUUUGUUUGAGUAGUACUAAUGUUUUUAAGCAUGGAAACUUCAGCCAGAAGUCCUCUACCAUUUUUCUGAUAUAAUCUAACAAAAAUAUUUGGGAAAUCCUUACCAUAACAAAAUUCAUGCAUUUGAUGUCACUCAAACUAUGCAUUUUUUUUUAAAGAAAUGCAAUUUCGUUUAGAUAGGAAAGCUAAAUAAAAUUGAUAUUGGAACAGUUUUUGUUGCUGCUGCCAUUCAUGAUGUUGAGCACCCUGGCUUCAACAAUCCGUUUUAAAUGAAUGCUAAAACUGAUCUAGCUAUCUUGUAUAAUGAUAAAAGUCCUCUUGAAAAUCAUCAUCUAAGUGUUACAUUUAAAUUAUUAAGAGACAAUCCUAGUAUUAAUAUAUUCGAAGGAAUUGAUAAGAAAACUUACAAGAAUGUGAGAGAAACGUUAAUUUAAAUGAUUUUAAAAACAGACAUGAAUCAGCAUUUCACAAGUUUGGCAUAAUUAAAAGGAAGAUUAGCUUCGAAUGAAUUUGAUGCUAAAGCAGCAGAUAAGCCUUUAUGUUUAAAUACACUUCUGCACGCAGCAGAUGUAAGUAACCCAUUUAAACCUUUUCAUAUAUAUUAAGAGUGGACACACAGAGUUUUGAAUGAAUUUUGGAUAUAAGGAGAUGUAGAGCGAUCAAGAGGACUUCCUAUUUCUUAUUUAUGUGACAGGUACACAACAAAUAUAGCUAAAAGCUAAAUAGGUUUCAUAGAUUUUAUUGUGUAGCCAUAUUUUGAAACAAUAUGUUAAUUUAUACCUGAAUUAUUAAAUUAUAUGCCUCUAUUUGAGUAAAACAAGUAAGAGUGGUAAACAUACGAAGAAUAUUAUGAUAGAUAAUUAGCAACACUUCAAGCCUAGUAAAAAAAAUUAGAAGAAAGAACAAAAACUAUAGAAGAUAAGAAAAAAGAUCUAACAAUUUCUUAAAUAGACAAAUUUUCAACCCCUUCUCAAAUUAAUAUCUAACAAAUAAAAACCUAAUCUCAGCAGCAGCAAUGA